AAAGUCGGUUUAUAGAAUCCUCGUAAGGAUUUGAUUCUACCCAAUUUGUAAAAGGUUGGCUGGAAUCUCAGUUUACUCAAUUUUUAAAAGGCUGGCAACUCAAUUAGUUUGCAAAUUCUUUUGUUUACAUUUUAAAUUUUUUACAAAAAUAUAAAACUAACAACAAAAAUGACACUGGAUGAAAUAAAUACUUACAAAAGUGAUGAAGAAAAAUAUGUAAAUGAAAAUGCACCCAAUGAAAGUAGAGAACAGCAGAAACCAACUCCAAUGGUUUUAGAAGAAACUAAAAUUACUGAUGAACAUACUCUGAAGGAUAGAGAGGAUGAUUCCAUUGCUGAGGAUAAAGAUGACGACAUUAUGAGUGUAAUGAGUACAACUACCACCACAACAACAUCACGCAGCAAAAGUCCUAGUUUCCGGCAUAAUAAAAUACACCGAAAAGUUAGACCACCCAAAAUAGUUAAACCAUUAUUUAAAUACAUUUGUCAUUUGCGGGAAGAUCACGGCCAACCUUUGUUUGGUGUCCAAUUUAAUCAUUUCUUAAGCAAUGAACAUGCCAUUUUCGCCUGUGUAGGCAAAGAUCGAGUUUCUAUUUACGAGUGUUCUAGUGUUGCCGAUGUAGAAACUGGUGGUAGUAUGAGACUUUUACAAUGCUAUGCUGAUCCCGAUCCCGAUGAAAAUUUCUACACUUCAGCUUGGUCCUAUGACCCUGAAACGUCCGAUCCCAUUCUGGCUGCUGCAGGAUAUCGUGGUGUGAUACGUAUUUUCAAUCCAUCUAAAAAUAUGAGUACAAAACACUACAUUGGUCAUGGCCAUGCCAUAAACGAACUGAAAUUUCAUCCUAGGUUACCACAGAUCUUGUUAUCAGGAAGUAAGGAUCACUCUUUACGUUUAUGGAAUGUACACACGGAUGUAUGCGUGGCAAUAUUUGGCGGCGUAGAAGGACAUCGCGACGAGGUGCUUUCUAUAGACUUUGAUUUAAAAGGUGAUCGCAUCAUGUCCAGUGGUAUGGACCAUUCAUUAAAACUAUGGUGUCUUAAUAAACCAGCGAUCAAAGAUGCGAUCGAAAAUAGCUGCCAGUGGAACACAAGCAAAAAUACUACCCCUUUCCCUACGAUCAAGGAACAUUUUCCUGAUUUUUCUACGCGCGACGUUCAUCGUAACUAUGUUGAUUGUGUUCAAUGGUUUGGUGAUUUCGUACUUUCAAAAUCUUGCGAAAAUUCUAUAGUUUGCUGGAAGCCAGGUAAACUGGAUCAACAAGAGUUUAAACCGCAAGAGACCACGACAACCAUAAUACACCAUUUCGACUAUAAGGAAUGUGAAAUAUGGUUCAUUCGAUUUGCAUUUAAUUUGUGGCAUAAAAUUUUAGCAUUAGGUAAUCAGCAAGGUAAAACGUAUGUAUGGGAAUUAGAUGCAUCUGAUCCAAAUUUAACGAAAUGCAGCACAUUGGUACACCCCAAAUGUACAAGUGCCAUUAGGCAAACAACGUUUUCGAAAGAUGGUUCUGUAUUGGUGUGCGUCUGUGAUGACGGUACAAUUUGGCGAUGGGAUCGUUGCGAAUAAAUAAAAAAUUAGGUUGUAUUUUAUUUGUGUUUGUCAUUAUGCAUAAGUGAUUAAAAUGGUUACUUUUAAAUUUGAAAUAUUCUUCAUCUUUGCCGAAUAUAUAAAUAAACAAAUAAGAAAUUAUAGUCGGGCGAGGCCGACCACACCCUACACCUGUACACGAAUAAAAUGUAAUUUAGUAUUCAUAAUAAAUCAUUUAAAUUGAAUUGCACCUUGCCUCAGAAAUACAUAAACCAUUUAUUGUUUAAUAAAACU